UGGGAUACGCUUCCUUCUGCCACGUUGGAAUGCAGACUGACGUGUAGAUAUACAAGUCUUUUAUUAGUACGUGUUCAGAUAAAUACUUUGUGUAUAUUAUGCUACGGAUGAAUAUUUAAACUCACAAAUAACUUUGUAGAAGUAACCAAAAAAGAACAGAAACAGAGUUGUACAAAAACUUUGAGGGAUGAGGGUUAAAGAGAUUGAGAGGACAGCCAAUGUGGCGUGGUCCCCUGCUCAGCAAUAUCCAAUCUACAUGGUGGCAGGAACAGCAGCGCAGCAACUGGAUGCCACAUUCAGCACAUCUGCAGCUCUCGAGGUAUAUCAUCUGAAUCUAGCAGAUCCUUCCUUAGACAUGCCAAUGGUAGCAUCAGUACCAUCUGAGUGCAGGUUCCAUAAAGUAGUCUGGGGUUCCCAUGGCAUGACCGAUACUAAUAUGUCAUCAGGCGUGGUGGUAGCUGGGGCUGACAAUGGAAGUAUGUACUACUAUGAUGCUGCUGGUAUGAUCAAGGGAGAUGAAGACUGUCUAAUGUUUAAGAAAAAUAAGCAUGUUGGAGCUGUCAAGGCUUUAGAUUUUAACCCUUUUCAGACAAAUUUACUUGCCUCUGGGGCUUCAGAAUCAGAGAUUUAUAUUUGGGAUUUGAAUAAACCAGAUAAUCCAAUGACACCUGGAGCAAAAUCUCAGCCCCCAGAGGAGGUUGCCUGUGUAGCAUGGAACAAACAAGUUCAACAUAUCCUGGGCUCUACAUUUGCUGCUAGAUGUGUUGUGUGGGAUUUAAGAAAGAAUGAACCUAUAAUCAAGAUCAGCGAUAGCAUGUCACGGAUAAAAGCCAAAAUAGUGAGCUGGCACCCUGAUGUGGCCACCCAGUUGUGUCUGUCUUCAGAGGAUGACCAUACCCCUGUUAUCCAGCUGUGGGAUCUUCGUUAUGCCACAUCACCCGUCAAACAGCUGGAGAAUCACACCAGAGGUGUGCUAGAUAUAGCAUGGUGUCCACAGGAUCCAGAUCUACUUCUGAGUUGUGGGAAAGAUAACAGAAUUCUGUGCUGGAACCCCAACAGUAAUGUCCAAGGAGGAGAGGUUGUAUAUGAGCUGCCUACAAGCAAUCAGUGGUGCUUUGAUGUGAAGUGGUGUCCACGAAAUCCGGCUGUUAUUUCUAGUUCUUCAUUUGAUGGUCAUGUAACUGUAUAUUCUCUGAUGGGAGGUGGACAUCCAAUUCACCAUAGUGACAAGGUUGCUGAUGCAUUUCAAUCCAAUGAUCCAUUUGCACAGACCAGUGCACCAACUCAGACCGCACAAAAUGUAAUGCCUCUUCAGAAACCACCCAAGUGGUUAAGAAAGCCGGUAGGAGCCAACUUUGGGUUUGGUGGUCGACUUGUUAGCUUUGACACAGAAAAAUCUCAGAAUCCACAGCAGCCCUCCCCUAAGAUGGUGUACAUCAGUCAGGUUGUCACGGAGACGGACCUGCUACAGAGGUCCCUUCAGUUAGAGCAGGCCCUGGAGAACGGGCAGUAUGUGGAAUAUUGUGCUAUGAAGUCUGCCAACUGUACAGACCCUCUACAGGAAAAUAUAUGGAACUUCCUCAGAGUUAACUUUGAGAAGGAGCCAAGAGAACAUUUUAUUCAGCUCUUAGGCUAUGAUAAGACAGAUCUGGCUAAAAAGGUGUCUGAACAUGUAGGCGUGGGGCAGGACAGUGGAGUGGAUGCUAAGAUUCUGGCACAGAAAAUGUCACAGCUUAGUCCUGAGGACUUGCAGGAUUCUGGACGCCAGGCCUCUGUCCAAGGUUCUCCAGUGGUGGGAUCCAAGACACCAGUGAGUCAAGAUGAAGCUGCUUCAGCUUUUGAUGAGAUUGGGUUGUCACAGAGUAGUAAAUCAGAGGACCGAGAGUCACUAAAGCCACUGCUUAUACCCACAGACCAAGAUGCCGAUGGACUUUUAAGCCAGGCUUUGUUGACUGGAAACUUUGAAGCUGCUGUGGAGAUAUGUCUGUGUGAAAACAAAAUGGCAGAAGCUAUCAUCCUGGCGAUAGCGGGAGGGCCGGACCUUCUCAGUCGCACACAGAAGAGGUUCUUCCAGCAGAGCAAGUGCAGCAUAGGAAGGCUUAUAUCCUCCGUGGUCACCCAUGACUGGUCACACAUUGUAGAAACCUGUGAUCUGUCUAACUGGAAGGAAGCGCUAGCUCUGAUCUUGACUUACGCCUCUCCUGAUGAGUUCUCAACACUAUGUGACAGCUUGGCCCAGCGGCUGGAAUUGGAGAGUGCCGGUGACCUUAGUGUGUACGCCAGUUUGUGUUACAUUUGUUCUGGAAAUGUGGAAAAACUCUUACAAAACUGGUACGCUAACACAGAAGGAAACAACACGCCACUCGGUUUACAGGACAUGGUAGAGAAAGUAAUGUUACUGAGAAAAGCAGUGGAAUUGUCUCGAGGACAAGCUACAGAUAUCAGUGGAGGACUACUGGCGGAAAAAAUGAAUGAGUACGCCAGUCUGCUGGCAGCUCAGGGAAGCUUAGAUACAGCUGUCAGAUACUUAGGAAACUCUACAGAUACAAAUCUGAUGAUCUUAAAAGACAGACUGUAUAAUGCCUUGGGAGCUCGGGGAACACAGUGUCCAUUCCAGAAGGUAAAUGUCUUACCAGCAGGUGCUCCUCAGCCCCAGCAAAUAUCAAAGAGGACCACAAGUGUAUUUUUUAUUUUACCAGGCGCACCAGAGACAGCCCGGUCCAUUACAUCUAUCUAUGUUCUACUUCCCACCCCGUUUGGGAAAACCAAGAUUUCUCAUAUGCGAAGCACACGGCAUGCGCGUGACCUCACAACCCUCUUAUAUCCUCACAAUCCAACAGCAAAUGUUACGCUCAUAUUGGUCAUUUCACGUGUUGCACUCCUCCAACCAUCAAGCACAGGGGUUAUGUCUAAAGGUCCACUGUCACAUAAAUACCCCUCACAUCCAGCCACGACAUCAGCUUAUGACCCCUACACACAAGGAGGUUACCAACCAAGCAGUCAGCCGUAUAAUCAAGUUCCAGGAUAUGAUCCUUCUUUCUACAGUGGAAUGGGAGCAUCUAAUCAGCCAACAAAUCAGCCAACAAAUAUGUAUCAGCCCUACCAUAAUCCAGCAGGCUCGGCUUCUUCAAUGGCUCCACCACCUGUCAGUGAGAAUGUCCACUCCUUCAUGAAUAACCCUCCCCCCUCAGCCUGGAAUGAUCCUCCCCUGCUGAAAGAAAAGAAACCAAAGAAUCCCCCCACACAGUACGAUGGAACUGCAAUAACAAGUCCACUGUAUGGGACCUCAGUACCUCAGGACUCCAGUCAGGGAGGAGGAGGAGGGGCCACAAAUUAUCACCUGUACAACCCCCAGGAACACCAGGCAGAAAUACAGCCUGCCCAACCCCCCAGGACAUUCCACAAUGCCUCCGCUCCCCCAGGGUCACAGCAGAAGGCAGCAGCAUCUGUCGCCCCUCCAGAGCCCCCUAAACCUGUGGAGAAAGGACCAAUCCCCUCAGAACACAAAGUCUUACAGGACAUAUUCAACAACUUAGUCCAUAGCUGUUCAAAUGUGGCCUCCAAUGCUCAAAUGAAGAGAAAAUUAGAUGAUGUUUCUAAAAAGCUGGAACUUCUCUAUGACAGAUUGCGAGACCAUAGUCUGUCCCAGGCCGUGAUAUUGGGUCUACAUCAGAUAGUCCAGGCCAUACAACAGUACGAUUACAACACAGCUCUACAAAUCUACACACAGAUGAUCAGUCAGGGAAACUUCUCAGAAAUCAGCAGCUUCAUGCCGGGACUUAAAAUGUUGAUCCAGUCAGCAAUGCAAAUGAAUGUUUAUGUACAAGCACAUUAGUCAUAGAUUAGAUUAGGAUUUUACAGUAUUUAUAUCGUGAAACAAUGAGCUGCCAAAUUUGAAGGUGUCGUAUAAGAACAUAAACUUUAUGUGAUACCUCACAGAUAAUAAUGUGAUAUGUGUAUUAACUCUUGAGAAUUCAUACAAGUGGAAGUCUUCAAAGAAUUUCAAAAGACAUGAGACACAAUUUUUUAAAAUUAACAAAAACAAUGUUAUUCAUAUGAGUGAAAUUCUUGUGAGUUAAAGGAAAGGCUUUUAUUUCCUAUUUUUUCCUGUGAUGUUGACAAGAUAAUAACUUAUUAUCACUGUACCUGUAUACAUAAAACAAGAACAAGACCUCAGAGCUGGUACCUGGCAGCCCAGAUAAUCUAGUGUAUGAAUAAGAUUCAUAUUGAUGUAUAUUUUUUCCUUCUAUGUAGUUAGGGCCUUUAUUUUAUUUCAAAAGGAAGUGAGAGCAUAUUUUUCUAGUCAUUCUUCAUGAAAACACCUAACAUAAAAUGCCUAGAUAUAUUACUGAGAUUACUGUACAAAGUUUCUUGAAUUUUUUAUUGGAAUGAAUAAAAUGCACUUAGAAAUUAAUGCUACAAAUGCAGAUUCUGUUAAAUAAAUCAUUUUUUUUAGACAGUAAGUAAAUUAAUUGUACUUGGAAAGAAGUAUUGGUUGACAUUUUGAAUGUUUUUCUCUGUUACAAGCAUGCUGUUCAGAACAUUUGAAAAUCAAUGUUAAUCUUCAAUCAGUAUGUAAUAAAUAUUUAGAAUAAGGUUAACAUGCUGUAUACAUGUCAUGUAUAUGUACUGAACACAACUGUUAAUGUGACUGGAUGACGUAUAAGUAAUUAUAAAAAGAAAAUCUGAGAAAUGGA